CAAAAAUAAUACUCAGAAGGAAAUUCCAAAUAUAAGAAUGGCUAAACAGAGGAAACUGUUAAAUCAAUCAUGCCAUGACACAUUUUUUGAUGAAAUGGAACAAGAAAUGAACAAAAUUUCUGCAAAAAGGAAGAAAAUCGAUAAGGAGCCUCCAUUGCCGCCAGAAAAAUUAUUUCUGCAGUUUGAUCCUAGUAAGAGAUUAGAAGUUUGUAAGAAGAACACUAACUCACAGCCAUUGACGAUGCAGAAGAGUCAGUGGAAGCCUCCAAUCAAGAUGUCUAGCCAACCUGAGAACUAUCAACUGAGCACAGAAAUGAUGACAGAUGAUAAGAAAACCAUUAAUAUAGGAAGUACUGCCUUAAAGCUUAAUGGUGAAGCAGUUAGAUUGUCUUCCUCUAAUGAUAAAAACUGUUCAGUCAUCAACCAACAAGUGGAUAGAGAAUUUACUGAAGACGAUUCUGAUAUGGAUGAAGUAAUCAAACUAACUUCUUCUCAAGAAUCUCUUACACCAGAUGUGCAUGUUUCAAUUGCCAAUAGCGGUGAUAAAAAUGAAGACAAACGUGAAAAUUUUGAUGAAGAAGUUGAUAAAGUUGCUCCUUUAGAUGCAGACACAAAAACUAAAAGUAUAGAACUAGAGGAAGAUCCUAAUGAGGAAUUUAAUAACGUUGAAAAAGGUUGUUCGCUGAAGUUACCUUCAGCUGCAGAUGACAUCCUAGAGAGACAAGAUUAUUUCAAUAUGAUGAGCAGAUAUUUAAACAGUUAUCCACACAAGGAUACCCAUAUAGAAAGUACCGUUAACAUCGAGAAUUUUAGAUAUAAAAAUAGCUUUCAAGAGUCAAGUACUACAUUGAACUCAACAUUGUCCAAGUAUAAAGAAGACGAGAGUUUAAGGGAUGCAAUGUGUGUUGAAAAUGAGCAGCAGACAAAAAAGUAUUCAUCUCAAAGUAAUAACGAGAAAAUAAUAGCAGUCAAAUUAAACGAUGUUCAAAGUGGUGUUGUGAAGAAAAAUGGAAAUGUUGGUAUGUUAGGUGAUGUCAAUGAAAUUGGUAAAGAAGAUGGACACAAUAAUGAAAUAGAUGAAGAAAAUGGACACAAUAAUGAAAUAGAUGACAAACGUGGACAAAAUGAAAUAGAUGAAGAGUAUGGAUACAAUGAAAUAGAUGAGGAAUACGAGCACAAUAAUAAAAUAGAUGAAGAAGACAAACACACUGGAGAAGAAGGAUUUGAACAGAAUAAUGAAAUAGAUGAACAAGAAGAACUCAAUAAUGAAAUAGAUGAACAAGAAAAACUUGAUAAUGAAAUAGAUGAAGAUGAUAAACAUAAUGAAUGGAUGGGUUCUCAAUUAAAACUAAUCAAUGAUAAUUGUAAUCUUAUCCUUAGUCAACAGAAAAGACUAAUGCAAUCUGCCAAUGAACAAUGUGGGAAGUUUAAUAUUACAGACACCGAAAUUCUGAGUCGAAAUGAGGAGUUGACUAAACAGUCAGCUAACACAAUUUGUGAUAAAAAUUUUACAAAAAUUGGUUCAAAAUUUGGAGAUUUAUGUGGGCCAGAUGGUGACAAGAAUAGUGCUCAACUUGAAGAGAGCGCAUCAAACAAAGAAGUAGAAAAUGUAAACAAUUCCUUUAUUAUGUCAAAUGAAGAGGGCUACCCUGAUAAACCAAGUGAAGUUUCUACCCCAUCAGAUCAAAAUAUAAGUGUAUCUAUUGAAAAUUGUAAGAGCGUUUCCACUCAUAACUUCAAAAAUAUAAACAUUUGUGACGAUAGCAGAGUAGAAAAUCAUAAAAAUAUUGUCAAGAAUUUCAACCAAGAAAAGGGAGGGUUGGUAAACAACAUUUUUGAAAAUUGUGCACAUCAAUCCAAAGACUGUAGUUCACAGAACAUUGGCCCAUUAGAAAGAACAUCCCGUUUAGAUUGCACUGAAGAUGCAGAGGGAAGCGAAUCGUCUGAAGAUAAUGUUAAUCAACCUUCGACAGAAGAGAAUGCAUUUCAAGAGGAAGUAAAGGAGGAUAAUAUAAUGGAUGAAGAAUAUUCUUGUUUGAUGAUUAGCAACUCACAAUUAGAAGAAAUUGAAAAGAAUUACUAUGAGUCUUCGAAAGUCACAAUGAAUGAAGAACCGGUAUUGCAAGUUGUUAAUACGAAUCAUACACAGUUUAACAAGCCAAUACCAAAUGCAAACAAGAUGAUUGAACUAAAAAAUGCAACUGAAGUACAUGGUAAAACCUUGAGUGGAAUCAGUACUCAAAACAAAUCUGGUCCAAACAAUUUAUCAAGUAUUCCAGUAAAUUUGCCAAGAGUCAAAUGGCCUGGAAAAAUGUUGGAGAUGCAAAAGAAUAUUCGAGAAAUCACUAGGGAAAUAGACCGGCUUAAUGGGCUGCUGAUGAAUUUCAGGCGGGAAAUAUGGCCUCAGAGACAUCCAAAAAGUUCAGAGAACUGAGAACUAGAAAAUAAAAAGAAACUGAGUGUUCAGUUGAGUUAAGUGUUGUAUCAGUUAAUUGUUAUUUUUAAGAUAUUUUUAUUUUAAAAAAUACAGUGGUAGUUAAGGUAGUUUAGUUUGAAUGUAUUAAAUUCUGUUUUGAAUUUAAAGUUUGUUACAUUCCUCAAGUGUUUGGAGAUUGUAGCUUGCUUAGUUGUUGUCAUAAAGUUUAUCUUAUAAGUUUAUAUAUGCCUAAGUACUGCAAAAUAUGUAAAAUAUGGUUACAAAUAAGUUAAGAUAAU